CACAACUGCUAUGGUGGCUGCAUAGUGACACGUCUUACUGGGGGGCUUGCGGGGCGGCCUUCAUUCUCGCCAGAUCCCGGAUGCUGGCUGGGCCCGCGUGAGCGAGCGCGGUGUGCCCCGGCGGCGUGGGGAGGGCGGAGUGGAUGAGCGGCCAUGGCGGGGCAGCAGUUCCAGUACGAUGACAGCGGCAACACCUUCUUCUACUUCCUCACCAGCUUCGUGGGGCUCAUCGUCAUCCCCGCCACCUACUACCUGUGGCCCCGGGACCAGCACGCCGAGCAAAUUCGAUUAAAAAAUAUAAGAAAAGUAUAUGGAAGAUGUCUGUGGUAUCGUUUGCGGUUAUUAAAACCACAACAAAACAUCAUUCCUUCAAUAAAGAAAGCAAUUCUUUUUGCUGGAUGGGCACUGUUUCUGUUUCUUGCAUACAAAGUUUCCAAAACAGACAGAGAAUAUCAAGAAUACAACCCUUAUGAAGUCUUACAUUUGGACCCAGGAGCAACUGUAUUGGAAAUUAAAAAACAAUACCGUGCGCUGUCACUAAAAUACCAUCCAGAUAAAGGAGGAGAUGAAGUUAUGUUCAUGAGGAUUGCAAAGGCUUAUGCAGCUUUAACUGAUGAAGAAUCUCGAAAAAAUUGGGAAGAAUUUGGCAACCCAGAUGGGCCACAAGCUACGAGCUUUGGUAUUGCAUUGCCAGCUUGGAUUGUGGAUCAGAAAAAUUCUCUCUUGGUUUUGCUGGUAUAUGGACUAGCAUUUAUGGUUAUUCUUCCAGUUGUUGUGGGUUCUUGGUGGUACCGAUCAAUACGCUACAGCGGAGAUCAGAUUCUCAUCCGCACAACUCAAAUCUAUACAUAUUUUGUUUAUAAAACGCGAAAUAUGGAUCUGAAACGGCUUAUAAUGGUUUUAGCAGGAGCCUCUGAAUUUGACCCUCAGUAUAACAAAGAUGCUACAAGCAGACCAACAGAUAACAUUCAGAUACCUCAGCUAAUCAGAGAGCUUGGAAGCAUUAAUUUAAAGAAGAAUGAGCCUCCACUUACCUGCCCUUACAGCUUGAAAGCCAGAGUUCUCUUACUGGCUCAUCUUGCCAGGAUGAAAAUUCCUGAGACACUUGAAGAAGAUCAGCAAUUUAUCCUGAAAAAGUGUCCUGCUUUACUUCAAGAAAUGAUUAACGUAAUCUGCCAGUUAAUAAUAAUGGCGCGUAGCCGUGAAGAAAGGGAGUUUCGUGCUCCAUCAUUGGGAUCUUUGGAAAACUGUAUGAAGCUUUCCCAGAUGGCUGUCCAAGGGCUUCAGCAAUUCAAGUCUCCCCUUCUGCAGCUCCCUCACAUUGAAGAGGACAAUCUUAGGCGAGUUUCCAAUCAUAAAAAGUUCAAAAUCAAAAGUAUCCAGGACAUGGUGAGUUUGAAAGGAUCUGAUCGCCGCAACUUACUGCACUUCCUUGAAGAUGAAAAAUAUGAUGAAGUUAUGGCUGUAUUAGGUAGUUUUCCACAUAUCACCAUAGAUAUAAAGCCACAAGUUUUGGAUGAUGAAGAUAGCAACAAUAUUACAGUGGGAUCGCUAGUCACUGUUUUGAUCACAUUGACAAGGCAAACAAUGACAGAAGUGUUUGAAAAGGAACAGUCCACCUGCGCAGCAGAAGAGCAACCUACAGAGGAUGGGCAAGGAGAUGCCAACAAAGUUAAGAACAAAGGAUGGCAGCAAAAGAAUAAAGGAACCAAGAAGGCUUCAAAAUCAAAGAAAAAGAAACCUUUGAAAAAGAAACCUGUUCCUCCUCCAUUGCAGCAGCCAAAGCAGCAGAAGCAAAAGCAAGCUAAUGGGGAAGUUGUAAUAAGGGAGGAAGAUGAAGAACUUUCUGAUAAAGGAAGCGAGUCUGAUGAAGAAGAAACUAACAGGGACUCUCAAAGUGAAAGAGAUGAUGGAAGUGAAAGAGACUCUGACAGAGAACAAGAUGAGAAACAAAACAAAGAUGAUGAAGCUGAGUGGCAAGAAUUACAGCAAAGUAUACAGCGAAAGGAGCGGGCCCUUCUGGAAACCAAAUCAAAGAUAACACAUCCUGUUUACAGUCUUUACUUUCCUGAGGAAAAACAAGAAUGGUGGUGGCUGUAUAUUGCAGAUCGGAAGGAUCAGACAUUAGUAUCUAUGCCAUAUCAUGUGUGUACACUAAAAGAUAGAGAAGAGGUAGAACUGAAGUUUCCUGCACCAGGCAAACCUGGAAACUACCAGUACACGGUUUAUUUAAGAUCGGAUUCGUUUAUGGGUUUGGACCAGGUUAAACCAUUGAAGCUGGAAGUUCAUGAAGCUAAACCAGUGCCAGAAAAUCAUCCACAAUGGGAUACAGCAAUAGAGGGUGAUGAGGAUCAGGAAGACAGCGAGGGCUUUGAAGAUAGCUUUGAGGAAGAAGAGGAGGAGGAAGAGGAUGAUGAUUAAACAGUACUAUUAACUACAACAUUUGCACACACUGCAAACUUUUGGUCUGACUGUGGAACUGUACAAUAAACAAGAAACACAGUGCAAAAGCAUUGAGAAGCCUGAGUUUAGUUUCUCUUUACCAAAUGUGAGUGCAUUAUGUAACUUCUCAGUGAAGGUCAAACAAAUGUUAUGAUUGGUACAAUGUGGAAGAUGCUUAUGGCUUGCUACAGCCAUUAAAUGCAGGAUGGUGCAUUUAUUUCAAUUGAAAAUAAAAUCUUUUUUAUUAUAAAUGUCCAAAAGCGUGGGCUAUGUAUUGUCUGAUCAAUUUAGGGUCCAAUAAAAUAAAAGGUACUGUUAGCUAGGAGCAAUCUUUAAAUCAAUUUUUCUGCAUUAGGAAUUUAUUUUGGAAAAUGUUUAGGUAUGAUUUACAUCUCAAGUCUCUGUUGAUUGAAACUACAUCUGCUCAAGUUUCAAUCUUUGUAAAUUCUGUGAUACUUAUUUGAUAUUUUGCAGUGAUACAGCUCAAAUCAGAGCUUUAAAUUUUCUGUUUUUCUUAUCUUGGUCAUCACAAGUUGGCAUCUGGGCACAUUUCAUGUAGUCUUGGGGGCUGCCUUUUAGGACUCUACUGCCUUUUCUUCAUUGCCCAGAAUUAUCAUGCAGAUUAUGAACACUUCUUGACAAGGUCAUAAGAUGUUAUUAAAUUAAUGGCUUAAAACAUUUUUAAGCCUGUACUUCAGCAGAUCAGUGCAGGAUCUGAUUCUUUUGAUAAACUAUGUCUAAAAAUGAGUGUGGAACCAUACGUUACACAAAGUUGGUAGCUUAUAUGUAAUACCUUUUGUAAAAGGUUCACUCUGAAAGUUGAAAUACAUUCUUAAUUCUUAUCUACCUGACACUGUCGGAAAACUUUUAAGGAAAAAAUAGUGUGCAAAGGAGGCAUGUUUUGUAUCAGUUUUGAAUUCCUAACAAUAAACUGGACAAAAUUUGA